AUGAAGGCGCAGGGCGCAGUCGUGGGAGUCGCUCAGAUCGAGUUGCCCAAGGACCGAGAACUCGUCGAGGGCGCUCCUACGUACUUGACCGGCGCCGUCAAGAAUCUCAAGGCGACGAUCAAGCCACCGAGGAUUCCCGGUGCGGCGUAUCUCUCGCCCGUCCACGACGACUUUGCGAUACUCGCUCGCCUUCCGAAACUCAAGACGCUCAUCGUAGUGGUGAAGAGCUUCCUUGGCGACAAACGCACGAGUGAGUUUGGCGUGUCGACAGUCGACAUCAACCUCUCAGCGGAGAGUCCGCUGCGCCGACUCGACGACCUCGAAUCCAGCCUCUCGACGCUUCUCUCCACCUCUGUCCUCCCACAUUUCCGCUCUUUCCGCCUUGCAGCGCGCCAGGAGUUCGACCUGUGGGCCGGCGUAGACUGGGUCGACCUGCCCGACCCGCAGCCCGAACUCGUCGACCAACUCGACUUCCUCCAGUUCGAAGACCACCACGGCGAGAUGACUCCGGUUGGCUGGUACACGAGCAAUGCGCCAACGCUCUGCAUGGCCAACUCCGAAGCCGCGCACCUCGACAAGGCGGUGUUCCUUCCCGCGAACCUGGGAAAGUUCUUUGCGGACGAUCUAAAUGAGAUCUGCAAGGCGAUCGAGGUACCGGUCGUCACGGCGGAGGACGGCCACAUCGACCCGAGGACUGACGAGGAAAGGGACGAGUUGAAAAAGCGGCGCGAGACAACCCACGAUGAGUUCGACUUUGACGAGGCCGAGUGGAUGUACCGGACAGAGUUUAUCACCCCUGCGUUUGUCAAGUAUAUCCAGUCAAACGAGUAG